UUUUGAAAAUAUCGGAGCUACGGGGGAGGUUUUUGAAAUUUUCACUAAGUGGCGGAAAGCCCCCCAAAUAUACUAGGACCUAUGACUCCGAGGACAAGCAAGGCACAUUUAUCCCCAAACGAUGAACAAUUAUAGCAGAAGAAGUGACGAAGAGGAAAAGGGUUUACUCUGGAAGCUUCCAGAAGUGAGGUUUAAAGACCUUGGAAAGGUCGGCCCCGCUUUCGGCCUUGGCGCCGGCUGCGGUGUUGGCUUCGGCGUCGGCCUCAUCGGAGGAGUUGGGCUGGGUCCUGGGAUUCCUGGUUUACAAAUGGGUUUUGGGUUCGGUGCUGGAUGUGGAAUUGGUUAUGGAUUUGGGUAUGGGGUGGGUAGAGGCGUAGCUCAUGAUGAGAAUCGGAGAUACUCUAAUGUCGGCACGUUCUUCCAUGGUCCAGGAAAUCUUCCAACCCAAGAGAUAUUGCUCCUUCAAGCGAAAGACAGAUUAUUGAGACCAUUAUUCUCAUUUGCUGGUUUAUUGAACUCCUCUUGUUGUUCCUGUUGAAUCCUGGAGUAUAUCACGAUAUGGUGCAAAUAUACACGAGGACAGUGUUUUGAUAUGCCCCAGUUCUGCAUUUUGUUUAGCAGCUGUUCCAUAUUUCCUUAAUAUCAUCAACAUAAAGACUACACUAUGCAUAACAAGCAUAACACUCCACUAGCACUAGGGGGAUUUUCUCUAUAUGUUCAAUAUUGCACUUUAUUCUGCCUUGGUAUCUUUUUUGUAAGAAAUAAAAGAAGUUCCCUGUUCAUAGACAGACAUAAUAAUGUAUUCGAGUUACAUUGUGUGACAACUGACGAGAACAAGAUUAAUAAAGAAUUAUUCGCUAAAACUUGAACAUGAAUUCAAUAAUGGACUUGUUAACGAUUUUGCAUUAUUAAUGAAUGUAUGAAUUUUCAAUAAUAUUAAUAACGUUAUUUUCAUACAGUUAAUUUGUUCCCAAAAUUUGUAGGCAGCUUAUAUCAGGCAGUAGUUGCUUGCAUAAUCUCUCUCUCUCUCUCUCUCUCUCUCUCUCUCUCUCCAUUGACGUUUGUCUUUGCAGUUUUGCUUUUAUAGUUCGUAAGGAUCCAUUGCAUGGAUUGGAGAUGUUCUAUUAGAGUUAUGUCAAUGUUUGGCAUUUAUGUUUCAGCUUGUAAGCAAGUUAGUUGACAGGCAAAAAUUUGAAAGAAUAGAUAUGUUGUGGAACCAGCAUAAUUAUUCCGACGCUUCCCUUGACUUUAAAACACAAAUGUUAGAAGCAUAGGCAUGAAAAUUGUUGAUAUAGUGCAGUUUGAAUUCUGGACACUACUACUACUCGAUGCUUUUCUUUUGGUUCAAGGCAACAUAAAAUUAUAGUAUAAAUGUUUCAUUUUAGAUUCCACAAAGUUAUUGAUGAUGGCAACACUUCAAAUUAAUUAAUGUCUUUGUAUUUCUUUUGCUUGUCAUUGUCAGGGAUGAGAUUGGUGGUCUUAUUGAUGAACUAGUCAUCAACACCAAGAAGCUAGUCAGAGCAACUUCAAGAGAAAUUGAGAAGUGGAGAAAAUGAAAUGAGUUUCUUGCUGCACAAAUUGCAUUAAUUAGGGACUCUUGAUGUGUGCUUCAUAUCUGGUCGCUAAUGUUUAGAUUUAUUCCAGUGAAAUUUAUGAGAAGCAAUACUUGAUGUGCAUAAUAACAAUGGCUACAAUGAAACUCUCUUUCUGCA